CACUUUCUUUCCGCCAUUACGCGAUUAGUUGUUUUGCAUGGAAGUAUCAUGUGUGCGAGGUGUUGUAACAACCUUUCUAAAUUUGCUGUAAAAAGUCAACAUUUUGUCGCACGCGAAACUUGAAACAAUUUCUAAACAUCAAAUUAGAGAGUACGUUAUGGAAUUAAUUAAAUCUUAUUGCGUUAAUUAAGCAAAGCAAGCUUUUGGAGUUAUUUACAAUCUGUUGAAACAAAAAAGUAGCGAGCUCUAAGAGUCCAUGUUCAACAGUUAUCGUUGUUUUGUUGUACUUCCGGUUUUGUUCAUUACAUAAUUUAUUUUUCUUUCGUUCAUUAUAAAUGAACACCAAGCACAUACAUGAUCUAACUCUUCGUUUAUGUCAAGCGCUCGAUCAAAAUUAUGAUGUGGUUAACAUGGAUGCAGUUAUGUCGGUUAUAUCAACCUUGGAGGGAACAACGAUUACAAAAGAGCAAUUGGAGACCACCAGAUUGGCAAAAUUUAUUAACCAUUUAAGGCGUCGUACCAAGGAUGAGCAUUUAGCACGCCGUGCCAAAUCUUUACUAAAGAAAUGGCGUGAAAUGGUGGGAAUACAGCAACAGCAGCAGCAAUUUAUUGACGCUACAUCAAUUACCUCAUCUGCAACUUUGCCGUCUGUAUCUGGCCAUAACAAUAUUUCGUACCAACAACAAAGGCUGCGAUCGCAGUCUAUUUCUCCAGCUGCAUCCUCAAUGCACAUCGAUGUGACACAACUCCAAUCGAAUUCCAAUAGUAUCCCAGUCGUUGUUGUAUCUUCUGCCAUUACAGAACACAUACCGCGGGUAACAAAUGUAAUAUCGGGUUCUUAUAAUAACAAUAAAAGGCUUGCAAAUAUCGAAAGCCAAAAUGAAAGAACGCCGGAUGCAUCCAUCCAUGUUAAAAAACAGCCAACAAGUUUUGAGAAUGUUCUCGUUGGUUUUGGCGUUACGGAUAGAAGUAAUGUGGAUAUAUCUAGUAAUAAUUCGGCGUUUCGUAAUAAAUUGAAAAAACAACAAAUAGUAAUCCCGCCAGACACAGAAACAUUUAUAAUUGACCAUUCAUCAAAUUCAAAUUCUGAAAUGAGUUUGAUGCUUCCACAGACCAAUCGUUCUGCAAAUCUCGGUCCCAUUAUAAUUGAUAUACAGGACUCAAAUUCUGGUUCCAAUUUAGUUACUCCUAUAUCUACCAAUAUUCCAAUCAAUACUAAAAUACAAAUACCUGGACCAGCUAAAGCAGAAUUGGUUAGUUUAGAUAAUAUACUCAAUACAGCGACUGUGACAUCCCUCUCACCACUAAAACAAAAAAGGGAAAGAAAAGAAAAGAGACGUAAAGAAAAAGGUGAAUAUGAUAUUAAAGGAGAAAUUGAUGCUUUCGGAGAUUCAAAAGCUGCCGCUGUUUUAUUAGAAGAAACAUCAAAUCAACAGCAUCAUCGUCAGUGUGGUGAAAGCGACGAGAAAUAUUCAUCCUUUGCGAAUGAAGAAAAGUCUCGUUUGGCAUAUCCAGAAAUUCUUUCGUUACUGGAUAAUAGUUCAAUGAGUUCUAUGUUCCCUGCAGAAAAUUCUACGCAUCCAAUUGAUGAACAAAAUAAAGUCAAUUGUUCUGCAAGUAAAAGUAGUCUUACAUCCUUUAACUUGUCAACAUCUGACUUAACAUUUGCUGGUAAAUUCAAGCCAAGUGGCGCAUUGCUUCCAACAACAUCCAGUACCGAUGCUGUUUUAUAUAAUACUCUUCGUCGGACUGUUUCACCAAAAAUUACACAUGUAAACAACUUUUCUUUACACUCUGGACGCACGACGUCGAAAUUUGCACCAUUUCGCGAUAUUGGUUUUAAUUCAAAUGACAGCAACUCCUAUAGUCAAGCUUCACAAACAGAUCUCAUCGAUGUGGUUAGUAAUGAUAAAAUGAUGCCUGCUCAUCGAAAGCAGGAUAAUUUGAAUUUACAGAAUAGAGCUGUUCCAGCCAUAAAUGUGCCAACACCGCAACUAGUGACAACAUCCAAUGUCCCUACAUCGAAAUCGCAGCUUUCGAAUAAUUUUGAAGUAGUCUCGAACGCUCCGGUCUCGCCAGAGAAGAAAGUACCAAGAAAGCGUGGUCGGAAAAAAGGCUCAAAAGGGGUUGAUUCUGUCAUUGCAAAAGAAUCUAGUCUUUCAUCCCAAAUGCUGAUAUCAUCACUGGGUAUGGGUAAUAAAAAGGUUAAAACUACGAAGGAACUAUAUACUGAAAUGCAAAAUCGAAAGUUAGGCAUAACGACUUCUUCGCCUUCACCGUCUUCAACAGGGUGGCAAAUAUCACAGCAGCAACAGCAAAUAUCACGUCCAACAUCAUCUUGUUCAGAACCCUCCUUACAAUCACCGCAUACUUUCGAUGCCUGUUCCACCAAUGCCACCAUGUCCACAAUGGCUACACGUUCUACACCAGAAAAUAUGACUAAUAUACAUGCAGGUGAAUGUGAGACUACUAGCGAUACAGGCACUUCAGAACCCUCUCGAGAUAGCUCUGCAGUCCCUAAGCAUCUAAAGCGCUCACUAUCCUUCGACAGUAAUAGUAAUAUUCAACAACAGCCUGAAGCGAAAAUUAAUACAAAUCCUCUGAUUGAGAGCAAUAAAUAUAGUGAUGCCGGAAACCAAAUAGCUGUAAUUGAAAAACAGUUGAUUGAGAUCUUAAAUAAAUUGCCACCUGUAUCACUUUCCAAUGCCAUUGAAUUAAAGUGCACAGCAGAGUUAGUACCAUGUUCAUGUAAAGUAAUUGAAAUAUCUCAAACUAAUAACGACUCCGACGAGUCCGCUAAAAAUAAGGUAAAAGAAGAAGAAACCACAAAACAAAAUGAACAGACACCAAACUAUCAUGAAAGCUUUCUAAGCGAGGACGUGGAUAAAUUUGCUAUUAAGAUUGAAGCUAAUGCUGGAAAUACUUUUAAAUCCGAUGAAAACGUUUUGAAGCCGAUGUUACCGAAUUCUCGAUUGCUACCAACUGUUUCGAAACCGAAACCUAAGAAAUCAAUAUUUGAUCUUGAUUUUGAUGAAGAUGAGGAUCCACUGCCUAAAAUAAAAGCGGAAGCCGCUGCUGCUAGUUUGAGAAAAGAACAGGAAAGCAUUGCAGAAGCCGAACCAGAACCAGAAACGAUUGAAACAACUGAUAGCGAUUUUCAACAGUCCCAAUUACUCAAUUUUAAAGUGCCCGUUGUUGAACACACUCAACUGAAUUACGAAAUACCUAUGCCUAUCCUUCCUACGUAUGAAGUAGCAGAGGAUCCCAAGUGUAUGGCAAUGCAACGUUUUGACUUACAAACCCAAAGAAUUACAAAAUUUCACAUUGAUGCCUUACAUAAUUGCUUCAUACCGAAUGUUAACGGUAAUUGGGAUGAUGCUAAUUAUACUAUUGCGCUGAACAUGGCACUGGAUGAUGUUAUCACAGCAGUCGACGUCGAACAAGGUUAUGUAGUAACAGAUGGUAGCAAUGUUGUACCAAAGUACGGUGUCUUUGCAACGGAACGCAUACCUAAAGAUUUAAGCCAUAUAAAUUUUUUUGAAACCUCCAGGCCUAAAAAGGCAGCAGCGACUCCAAAAUUGUUUACUAUACCAUUUUUAGGUGUAGCUCGUUCAGUGUUAUUAAAUAAAUUUAAACUUAAAUCGGACAAACGUAAAACAUGCCAUAAAGCAAAUGGCACUGCAUCCGCCAAACGUGCGUCUCUAAAUGAUGGCAGUGCAGUGGAACAGUUUGAGGCCAAUAAAAGAAUUGAAGGGUACAAGACUGAUGAACAAGGAACUUGUAUGAGCAUCAAUACAGAAAACAAUCAAACAGUAUCGGGAAAUUAUUAUCUGACAGACGACGCUAAGUUAAACGAAUCUAAAGGUUUAACAGAUAUUUGCGACCAGUUAAAUGAUGCAGUGCUUAGUUUGACAAAAAGUUUCGACGUAGCAGCUGGUGCUAUUGUAAGCAAAAAUAACAAUAACAAUGUCAUGCUUAAAGACAUAACUAUUGAUGUAGUCGGUCACGGCACUGACCUAUUUCUGGCAAAUUCAAAUGAGUUAAAUGGGAGUGAUCGGAAUGGGCAAAAUCUACUUGCUAUUGCUGAUCAUUUAGAUUACAGCUCAAACGUAGGAACGAAAACGCCGUUGAAUGUGUACAGUAACAUAGAACCAAAAAAAAUUUCAAAAAACCUACGGGGAUAUAAUGAGAUCGACUCCACAGUUGUAACAAUUAGUGAUUCUAGUUGCAAAUUAGAUGGCAGUUUAUUGCCUAACACGAUGCUGCCUAUGGGCACCGCAGAAAAAGCAAAAAAUGCAACAUUUUCAGUAAACAAUGAUAAAAAUGCGUAUAGUAGGCACGGCAGCAGCUGUAGUAAUUCAAUUUUGAAACAAACCCAACCGUCGAUUAGCUUCAAAGUGAAAAGUCAGUUUAAGGGUCAAACGAUUUUGGACGUAAACACCGAAAGGAGAAGUAAACGCAGAAAAAUUAUACCAAGAUCAGUAGCUGAUAAUGUUCAAGUUGGCAGCGCUAGUCAGAAAAAUAAACGACCAAGAAUCAAACGGAUAAAAAUUGCAAUAAACGGUAAAGUAGCAACUCAAAUGCAAUUUUCAGGUGGUAGCAGCAAUAAUAGCAGUGCUGAAGACAAUGAGGAACCACCUAUAGAAGGUAACGACGAUGGAAAUGAAGGAACUCCCAUUGAGGAUCAAAAUAAAAGUGCACGUCAGGUUACUGCCGAAAAUGAAGAAUUUGCGUCAAUAAAUAGUCCAGGCAGCCACAUUUCCACAUGCAAUCAGUGUAAUUUAGGAAGUGGCGAUGACGAGAUUAUUGCGAAUUCAGUUGAAAACAGCUAUAAUGAUCAACAAGAAAUGGAGUACGAAUGUUAUGAAAACCUAGAUAUUGAUGGUGAUGUAGAGUUCGAUGAAUAUGAAGACAUUGAUGAUUAUAGUGGUGAUUUUCACGAAGUUGUCACACGAGAUAUAUCGGCGCCUUCAACUGGCAAUAACCAUAUAGUACUAACUAUUAAAAAAACUCCUAGUAAAACUAAUUCUCCCUCAAAUUCUACUUCUGUCAUAUCUCCAACUAUCGCAAGCAGUAAUACGUACGGUUCUCACGCAUCAACUAUAGCAAUAUCACCCAUUAUAUCCAAUAAAACUUUUGUACAAACUAAAAAAAAUAAUAGAGGUUUAGACAUGCAUGCGCUUGUUGUAAAAGAGCUGGAGGUUUGCGAAGGUAUAAAUAAUCAUUUAACAUCAGAAGUUUUAGAAACAACUAAUCUGUCGUCAAUUGAAGAAAUUCGCCCACAACUUCAAUCCGAUGUUCAGGUAGACACACAUCCAACUAUUCCAACGUCGAUUAUACAACAAUGCGGUGGUAUUAAUACGUUUGAAGACCCAGAUAAUAGCCCAUCUGCACCAAUAACUAAGAGUAUAUGUUUAAAAAAACGGAAACAACAUAGAAGACGUAAAAUUAAGAAGAAUACAAAGGAACAUUUAGAUUGUUUGCGAGAUGUAAAACUUCAUCGUGAGCUAUUCUUCUCUCAUGAGGUUAUUAUAUCUAAUGCAGCAGGGAUUAAGCAAAGUAUUCUAAAUUUCAGCAGUUGUAGCUCAAGCUGUGCCAAUGAUAGCGACUAUGAUCAUUGUAACGACUUAGAAGACAACAUAAGUUUUGAUGGCGAUGUAAAGUCUAGUGGUAUCGCUAAUUCUGAAAUUGACAUUCAAUUAGAAUCACUUAAAAGGGAAUCAUACGCCCAUCAGCGAAAAUGUAAUUUGUCACCUUUUACAAUUUAUUCCAGUUGCUCCUCAUGCGAUUUGUCAACAGAAAAUGGAGUUAUAAGUGAAGACUGUGGCGUAAAUGACUCCGAUAAUGAUUCGAGUGAUGCCCUGGAUCUCAAAAAUAAUAGUGGUAUUAAAGGAGACAAUAUUGAUGGAGUUAAAAUUGUAGAUGAAGAGGACGGUGCAGACAACGAUGAAUCAAUGCUGUCUUUAAAUACUGUUAUCUCAAAGGCGAAAAGUAUUCCUGCGCUUGCUGAUUCUACUGGUAGUAAUAUAGAAGAUAAUGUCAACGAAGAAUUGCCUUUAGAAAACAACGGACUACUGUACUCUUUUAACAAUAUUUAUUACGGCGGCCGUGCUACUGUUGAUGCAGAAAAACAACAAGAGCAAAUGCUCGCAAAUAAAAAUUGUGAUGAUUAUAAUAACAUGUAUAAUAAAAACAGUAAUAACAUUAAUUUAAUUAGUAACUAUGUUAAAGAUCCUUGUUUAAAAACUCAAAUUAAUCUUAAUAAACGAAUCGGUAAUGGCAAUGACUUUAAAGAGCUAAAUUAUAUAAACAUUCAUGGCGAUUCCAAUGUUAAUACUGAUGCUGCUUUAAAUAUUAAUACAAAACAAAAAUUUGUUGACGGUGUCAGCCCAGUUGGUUGCACAGGUCUGCGCGUUAUGGACGAGGAUGCAAAUCAGGAAGAUGGCAAUAAUUGUGCCCGGAUUCAACAAUUUAAAGAGUGGCACCAAGUUCUACAAUUGCGUUCCUACAAUGAUGAAUUGCUUACUAUACUACCGUACGUAGUCCUCGAUUGAGUUUAACGAUUUUCACUCUUUUAUGUAUAUGUUUUUCGGCCUGCGUUUGUUAAAUAUAAAUAAUAGAUAUGAUAAUAUAAUAAACUAUGAUAAAAUAACUUGAAUUUAAAAAAUUAUAUUUGUAAUGAAUAUGAAAUAAUUAGCUUUGCACUUCUAUGCAAAAAAUAA